GUGAGGAGCAGAGUUGCGCUUUUAUUGAAGAACAGCUGCAUAGGAAGAAAUCGUAUAGAGAGCGAUCACCGUUUUGAGGACUAGGAAACAAAAGACCGUGGACAAAACCUUCCACAAUCUCUGACUAAUAGCGACUGCAGAAAGUAUUUUUUUUUAACUUGUUGCAACAUUUACAUUGUUUUUGAUGCAGCGUUUGCACGAUGCUCAGACACAUUUGAGGCAAAUGGGAGCUGAUUUUUAAGUGUCUGUAUUAUGGAAACAGGUUUUGUGAGACAAUUUUGACUUAUUUUAGAUGCCGUUGGACAUGAUAUGAUGCUUAUUCACCCUCAAGCCACGGUACUGUGAUAAAGAAGGGUCGUCAACAUACACAGAAUGGCAGCAGGAGUGGCGGCAUGGCUCCCCUUUGCCCGCGCGGCGGCCAUAGGAUGGAUGCCCGUGGCGAGCUCCCCUAUGCCUAUGCCUCCGAGGGAAAAGAAAAAAACCCAAGAUGGACUUAUCAUCCUCAAUGUUAGCGGGACCAAGUUUCAGACGUGGAGAAAUACUUUAGAACGGUACCCAGACACUUUACUUGGGAGUACAGAAAGGGACUUCUUUUUUCACGAAGAAACCAGUGAGUACUUUUUUGACCGUGACCCUGACAUCUUUAGGCACAUUCUAAAUUUCUACCGCACUGGAAAAUUACACUACCCACGCCAAGAGUGUAUUUCUGCGUACGACGAGGAACUAUCAUUUUUUGGCAUAAUACCCGAGAUUAUUGGAGACUGCUGUUAUGAGGAGUAUAAAGACAGGCGACGCGAAAACGCAGAAAGGCUGCAGGACGACGAGGACGAGGAAAACAAUGACAUUGCCCCUUUGAACAUGACCUUCCGAGAGUACUUGUGGCGGGCUUUUGAAAAUCCUCACACAAGCACCACGGCCCUUGUCUUCUACUAUGUCACAGGCUUUUUCAUCGCAAUCUCAGUCAUGGCCAAUGUGGUAGAAACGGUUCCAUGUGGGCCUAUGCCAAACCUAGCAAAGGAAGUCUCCUGUGGAGACCGUUACGCAGUGGCUUUCUUCUGUUUGGACACUGCGUGCGUUAUGAUAUUCACCUUUGAGUACCUGUUACGUUUAAUCGCUGCCCCCAGUCGGUACAAUUUUAUGAAAAGUGUGAUGAGCGUCAUCGACGUUGUCGCCAUCAUGCCUUACUACAUUGGGUUGGUCAUGACUGACAAUGACCAAGUCAGUGGAGCUUUUGUCACCUUGAGGGUCUUCCGGGUCUUUCGGAUUUUCAAAUUCUCCCGCCAUUCCGCUGGACUGCGUAUACUGGGCUAUACACUGAAGAGUUGUGCCUCGGAGUUAGGCUUCCUCCUGUUCUCUCUCACGAUGGCCAUCAUCAUAUUCGCCACUGUGAUGUUUUAUGCAGAGAAGGGUUCCACAGCCAGCAAGUUUACCAGUAUCCCUGCUGCUUUUUGGUACACCAUAGUCACCAUGACAACACUGGGAUAUGGUGACAUGGUGCCUAAAACCAUUGUUGGGAAGGUGUUUGGAUCCAUCUGUUCCCUGAGUGGGGUGCUGGUCAUUGCUUUGCCUGUUCCCGUCAUCGUGUCAAACUUCAGUCGUAUCUACCACCAGAGCCAGCGUGCGGAGAAACGGCGAGCACAGAAGAAAACACGGAUUGCUAAAAUCCGUGCAGCGAAGAGCCGAGGCACUAACGCCUAUAUGCACUACAAACACAGUGGGCUCCUGAACGACCUGCUGGAGGAGGCCUCCAAGGAGGCAGGAAAGGUCCUGAUUGGGAAGUCCCAUGCCCCGCUUGAGAGCAAUCACCACCACCUGCUGCAUUGUUUGGAGAAAACCACGAACCACGAGUUUGUAGACGAGCAGACGUACGAGUCCAACUGUAUGGAGCUCUCCAUGGUGAACAAAGGGGGCUCCCGGUCCUCCUCCCUGUCCUCGUCCCCUCACGGCCUCUCCUCCUGCUGCUCGCGGCGCAGCCGCAGGAAGAGCCUCAGCCUGCCCCACUCCAACAACCAGGAGCUCAGCACCAUCCAGAUCAGAGAGAGACCGCUGGCCAAUAGUCGGUCCAGCCUGAACGCCAAACAUGUUGAAGCGGUCCCGCUCAAGUGCAACCAACCUUACAUCACCCCCUGCCUGUCCACCCCAGUGGUGAUGUCAUCCGACAGAGACGGCACCACCAGUUCUACCGUCUACUCUCAGAGCAACAUCGUCAGAGUCUCUGCCUUGUAGGUGUCACACCUGUCUGUAUGGCUAACUGGUCUUCAGAAUAACCAGGUGCCGGGGAGAUGAAGAGAGACCCUUGAGCAUAAACCUGCCAGAAGAGUGAUUAUCACUGUGUUAGAGGUCAACGUUUGACUGGCUCUCCUUUCUAAUACAGAGCCUCUGUAUGGGAUUAGACUGGUGGGACUGUCUGCCUUGGAGAAAAGGGACCCAGAAGCCUGGCUCUUCCCAGAUAAGGAAGGAAAUAGGGUUUUAACAUUUUGAAACAAUCGUUGUUGCCUGAAGAAAAGAAGAAGAAAAAAACACUAAGAAGAGAUUUAUUUUUUGAAGAUGUAAAUGUAGUUCUACAUGUCGUCUUUUAACUUAAGGGGGGAAGGGGAGACUAUUUUUUGAAGUUGUCAGUCCAUUUCUUGUGUGAAGGUCAACCUAGACAUCCUAUGACGAACUGAAGACAAAGCACACGUGCAUUCAAUCAGUGCAGAGCAUCCUUGUGAAUAAUAAAUCUGUCUAUAUGCACAUGUUUAUAGUAAUCAUUAUUAAAUCACACACACAAGACAUAUAUACACUCAAAUAAAAUGUUCCUUAAUAUACUUGAUUAAACGGCUAGUUCCAUCGUUGUUGUAAAUUCAGUUACUGUACAAUGGCAACAUCCACUGUUUGGAAUGAAUAGCCACUAUGAAUAUUAGGAACUGGAUAAAAAUGGUUUGAGUCCAUACCCAGAAAUGUUUGUGAAUGUGGAAGUGAGAAUUGAAAACACAUGUUGGAGAUAAUAAUAGGGACCCAAUGUGAAAACAAAUCCCUUCUUAUAUGUUCAGCCAUCUCUCAAAAAUGUGUGUAUUUCACCUUGAAGCUGCAAGGUAUAGUCAUCAGCUAAAAGUAGAACAUUAUGGUAAUUAGUAAAGAGCACUAACAUAAGCCCUGACUUGGCUACCCUCUCAGUUUAAAUGUUUGAAGAUUAUAACUUUCUAAAUAAUCUAACAACCAUUCACAGAAUUUUUAAAAACUGGUAAAUGGUAAAAAAAAAAGACUUGGUAAAUGUCACUGUUAAGAUAACUCCUUGGUGCAUUUCUUUGUAAAAGUUGUAAAUAUCUAUGUUUAUCUUCAUGAAACACGUUUAUUCCUGUUUUCAAGAUUUAGUUUACAGUUGUUCACAUAUUUCUGUCUGUUGAUAACUGGUUGAAUUGAGGAUUUGCAUGCUGUCAUUGCAGAAUUCCGUUUUUAUCCCAUUAUGAUGUGUCUCCUUCCUCUUGGAGGUUUGUAUGUGACAACAUAAUGAGACCAGUGAUGGAGUCGUGAUUUAAAGUUUUGAGUAAAUUGUUUUUUACUUUUAUCUUGUU